AUGGCUUUCUUUUUCAACCGCGGCCGGUCGCGCCAGCCCGCUGAGAUCGUCCGAUCAACGAAGGAAUUGUUAGUGAGGAUCCAUGAUUCUCAAAAUGCCCCAAAGGCCGAAGAAGAGCUCGCCAAGCAACUCAGUCAAAUGAAGGUGAUGGUACAAGGAACCCAGGAGGUCAAUACAUCACCUGAACAGGUCCACGCUCUUGUCCAAGCGACCCUUCAAGAAGACCUGCUCUUUGAUUUAUCUAAAAGCAUUCAUUUACUCCCGUUCGAAGCCAGAAAAGAUACGCAAACAAUAUUCUCCCAUAUCCUUCGCUUUCGACCUGUCUCAUAUGCGAGUGAUAAAGAUCCCCCCGUCAUUUCAUAUCUCGUUCAUCAUCGGCCAGAAAUUAUCGUAGAGCUAUGUCGAGGCUAUAUGCAAAGCCAGAGUGCAAUGCCAUGUGGUGUUAUCCUCCGAGAGGCAUUAAAGUUUGACGUGAUCACCGCGAUCGUGCUAUAUGACCAGUCUAGUGAAGGAGAGUCCGCUAUACGACUAUCGGAGGUGAAACCGAACCUCCCACAAAGAGGAGAUGGCGUGUUUUGGCGAUUCUUCGACUGGAUUGACAAGAGCAAUUUCGAAGUGAGCGCAGAUGCAUUCACGACUUUCAGAGAGAUUGUCACUCGCCAUAAGAGCCUCGUGACUUCAUACUUGGCCACCAACUUUGAUCUUUUCUUUGGGCGAUUCAACAACAUUCUUAUCCAUUCAGACUCGUACGUGACCAAACGGCAGAGUAUAAAGCUCCUAGGAGAGAUCCUUUUGGAUCGUGCGAAUUACAAUGUUAUGAUGGCAUAUGUGGAGAGUGGGGACAAUUUGAAGCUCUGCAUGAAGCUGCUGCGCGAUGACCGCAAGAUGGUCCAAUAUGAAGGAUUCCAUGUUUUCAAAGUAUUCGUGGCCAACCCGACCAAGUCGGUACCGGUACAGCGGAUCUUGAUCAACAACCGUGAUCGAUUGUUGAGAUUUCUGCCUAAAUUCUUGGAAGACCGGACUGAUGACGACCAAUUCACGGACGAGAAAAGCUUCCUGGUUCGUCAGAUCGAGCUGCUACCCAAAGAACCUGUGGAUCGAGCUCGACCCUCGCGCGACUCGCCAUCUGCUAGCACGGCAGCUGUGGCUUAG